GCGCUUCAGUUGCUCUCAGCGACCAGUCCAGUUCGAUCGGCAUGUGCGCGCACGUCCUAAGCCGAAGAUUCACGAACAGAGUUCAGCGGGGGUGAGCCUCAGGUUGAGCAUUAGCUAUCUUCUCCCGGAGGCAAGGAGCGUUUUCUGUUACCCUUAGUUUCUUGUAUGUGUUGGAUGACCUCUCCGCUGCUGAAAAAAGGGAAGCAAAGAAAAUGCAGAGUGUGCGUGAACCACGGUUACAUUUGAGGGAAUCUGUUGUGGUGCGAAGGAAAGGAGCGCGCAAAUGCAGCGGGCGCGGUAAGUGGGGGGAGGGCAGAAAAGCAACUGAUGCUGUGGAGUAUUUGUCAGAGAAAUCAGAGCUGCCGCGUUCAUCAAGCGAGCAAGUGGGAAUGGCGGCUGUACCUGGAAUUGGGAAGAGAGGUCGGAGUGCUCAACAGCUAGUGGAAGGCUUGACGGCACCUGUACGUGAAACUGGACCAGGGGGAUCAUGUCACCCGCCCUCUCGGCGGGUGGCAAUGCUGAUCUGCGCAUCUGCGCUGUUUCUUCUAGCCGCAUUGCUAACCUGGCGAUGUGCAGAGGCCGCCCCGACGCCGCUCCCCCCGCCAAGCUUAACUGCGCGGAAGGGGGGGAGGGGGGGGACAAACGGCUUGCGUCAGAAUCCGAGAUCGAACGAAGGCAGUUGGCCUGACAGCAGGCUGCUGACACGUGGGAUGACAGACAACAGUCCGAAAAUUAUGUCAUCGUCGGAGCGGAGUGGUGAGGAUGACCGGCAUGAGGGAAAUCAACUGCCCUCCUCCUGGUCUUUGCCCAAAUCGUCAUCAUCGAGGACUUCUACUUUCUUUUCUUUGUGGUUUACCGCGAGCAGAUCAGCCGUUGAUUUGUCGGGCAAUCCGUCGGCAGCGGAGUUGAAGACAUCAGACAGGGAGGCCUCAAAAGGGACAGCAGCCGGAGCAGGUCACAGCUUCUUGAAUGGCCAGCGAGUAUUCAGAGAGAGGGAGUUCAAUUUUUUUCGCCGCAGAGGUGGUGGGGUGUCUUUGACAGAUGGGAUGCAAGACAACAAGGCCGCUGAGUAUGGUGUGCAUGGUGUGGGUCUCGAGAGGACGAGGGUGCUGGAGCAUGAAGAGGAGAGAGGAGGUCCUGGAACGUCGUCAUUGCCAUCUGCUGGAACACACGGGCGAUCUGCGUCUGGCUGGCUCGUUCGCGUACUAUCGCCGCACGGUGGUGUCGGGAAGGCGGUGGACAUAUCACAACGGAAGACCAGAAAAAUUCUCUGUCCUAAUCAGCAGGAGGAGGAGGAGGAGGAGGAGGAGGAGCAGAAACUGCAGCCAAAACUGAUAGAGCUGCAACUUCUGAGUAAUCUGGUGGAUGAGCUGGGGUGGGGGUCAAACACAGCGUCCAGCAGUAAUAGAGUAGUGCACCAUGUCGUCGGCACAGCCACUUUUCGUGUUCGGAAAGUGAAGCGAACACUUCGACUGCCUGGGAUCGGAUGGUCAGUACUGCAAAGGCUGCUCGGCGGGGAAAGCAGUCCCGCGAAGCGGCGCCAGUUGCUCCAGCUGUCAGAUCAAGGCUCUGGAAGAUCUGAACUUGGUCAGGAUGUCGAUCACAAUGCCGAUCGGCAACGUUCUUUGCGUCAAUCUGAUCCGGAAGGCGACACUCAGCAAUUCCAUACCUCGCCGGACGACUGGGGCGCGCAAUCUCAGGAGGAUGAAUUCGCCAAACACGAGUCUAAUGGCAAGAUAACUGCUCCAGACGCAGUUUGGUUGGUUGAAGGGGGGGCGGGGGGAGGCGGCGGGGAGCUGCGGAAGGGAGAGGGUCUUGUUGAUGUUGUGAGGGCAGGAUUUGGAGGGACUGGAAUUUGAACGCUUUCUUGUCGGUGACUUGGGUUCGGUCAAUUUGCAGAAAUAUUAUGUUUUUAAAUUUAGAAUA